GUUAUUUCUUGGCUGGUACUUUUCCUUUAUAAGAUGCUAGUGACACUUUUUAUAGUUUUUGUUUGCUUAGUGGGUGGAAUUUUAGCUACAAACUUCGAUAAUAGUGAUUUUUAUGCCGUAAAACAUCGCCAAAAAAGAUACGUUGGGUUUCCUGAGGGAUCAACUUUUAUUGCUACGCUAUGCUUAACUUUAAAUAUUUUAGAGAGAACAGAGAAUAUAUUUUUAGAAGGAAUCAAUUGGGGUAUUUCCUAUGACUUGCCUAAUGCCACUACUAUUCAAGAAGUAUUUAAACAAAAUAAAUUUGCGCAUAAACGAAGGCAAAGACGGGACUUGUAUAAUAGAAUGGAGACUGUUUUAGAAAAGAUGGGAUUUGGUGGUAAGGCUUGCAUCUAUAAAGCACUUUGUGAAGCUAAUAGAAAAAUGGAUAAAAAACGAAUAACUCUUGCCCAAGAAAUUCUGAGACAAUUUUUCACGUACCCAUUGAAACAACUUUCAUACUUAGAACCAGAUGAGCAUAGAAAAUACCAUUGGGCUUCCAGAUAUAGUAAUGAAAAUCAACAUUUGGACUGUUGGCAAUUAUUUCCAGACUGUACCAUUUCUAUUGUUGAUAUGGCCAUGGGAACUUAUUCAGGCUUAUGAGAGAAAUUUGAU